UUCUCUCUAAUCGAUUCCCCUACUACAAUCGCACAUCUGGGUCGCAAUUAGAUUUAUCAUUUCUGAUAAGAAUGUCAUCUGGGUUAGCUUAGUUUCGCGUUUUCUUGAGACCAUUACCCCUGAUUUUCUUAGAAAGUGGAGGAUUUUUAUGGAAAUUGAAUCGUGAAAAUGCCUGAAGCGAGAGAUCGAUUGUCAAGGCCAGUUGACCUGGCCACAGCCUAUGCUCAGAGGUUGGCCGGCAACCGGAGAGCAUACAUUGAUCCGCCAGAGCAGACUAUAUUAGCCUUUUCUCCUCCGGUGAGACUUCCAACAGGCUUGGGGAUUGGAGCUACCGGAGUUGUUGGUGUAGGAGGGCUCCCUGGGAGCAGUUUGAGGACUCCCAGAACUGUGACUGGGCGUGGUCGGAUCCCAUUUAGGCUGUCAACGGUGGAUAGAGAGAACACACCGAGUGGGAGUUCUCACCGGAGAAGGGGCCGAGCUAGUAACAGCGUGUUGCCUUCUUGGUACCCGAGAACCCCUCUCCACGAUAUCACUGCUGUAACUAGGGCUAUUGAAAGGAGAAGAGCUCGUUUGGCUGAGAGCGAUGGCGAAAACACUGAGGGUCAAGUUCCACAAAACCAGAAUGCCCUUGAUCAGUCUCUUCCAGUGUCAGGUGCUCAAGUUGAUCAUGGUGUUCCUGUGACCCCGUAUUCAGCUCUUCGUACCAAGCGCCGCUUACCUCCUCCUGUUGGUAAAGUUCAAAAAAUUAUAAGGGACGUCAGUAAUCAGCCCUCUGAAGGAGAAUUUCUUACACCACAAAAGAAACUAAUGAACUCAAUUGAUAUGGUGGAGGAAGUGGUCAGGAAAGAACUUGAGAGGCUUAAGAGAACGCCUAGUGCCAAGAAGGCUGAGAGGGAGCAAAAGGUCCGAACUCUGAUGUCAAUGCGCUGAUCUGUUUUCAUGAAGGAACAUCAACAUUAGCUAUGGCACAUAGAGAAUUGGACAUGGACCUAAGCAGGUGAAGAUAUAUCACCCUCUUGUGAUACCUACAUAGUGAGACAUAUCACCUUCUGGUGACACCUUUCUGACCCUCAGUGUGACUUUUAUCGUCUUCCGGUGAUCACUCUUAUCAUUUUCCGUUGAUAUUGCUUACCAUCUACUGAUGACACUUAACAUUCUAUCAUCUUCUGGUGAUGACUUUACACUGGCUGAGCGCGUUUGGUUUUUGUUUGAAGCUUCAUGUUAGCAGAAGGUCAUAGUAAAGUGUUUGAGCUGCCAUCAUUCUUUGAUGGUUUUUGGCUUUAGAUAUAUAUAGUUGGAACUGAUGUAUAUAGAGGCCAUAGAACAACUUUUGUAUUUGAUCAAAUAAUUUCUCGUGUAUGAUGAUUGAUAUGAAAAGAUUUGGGCUUUUUAGCAA